AAGUGUCACUAAAACUAAAAAUAGCAACACCCCCCGACUCUCUGACCCCUUGGUGCCUUAUCCAGAGUCGGGAACUCGCCAAAGCGCAACACAACCUGUGAAAGACCAUGGUUUCUUCUACUUCUACAUAGAAACUCUCUCUCUCUCUCUCUCUCUCUCUCCACUCAAGAUGUUAUCGAUGGCGAUUCAACCUGGUGUUAAUGGCUUCGCUCUCACACGCUCCUCCUUUCCUCAAAAAUUUGGUUUCAAUCCCGUUAAUGCUUCAAUCUCCUUCAACCCCAAGCCCGCUUCUUUACAUCUAUCGCCGCUUGUCCACUUAAUACGGAGACCCAACAGAAAACAACUGAGACUAUCCACUUCAGCUUCUGCAGCUGAAGCCAUUGAAGAAGAAGCAACCACUGAGGACUCAGCCUCUACAACGCCACAAGAAUCCGAACCCUUUGAAGAAAAAGAGCUUGGAGUGGUUGUGAAACCGAUGGAGAAACCGAGACUUGUAUUGAAGUUCGUUUGGAUGGAGAAGAACAUUGGUCUUGCGCUUGACCAGAAGAUACCAGGCCAUGGGACCAUUCCUCUAAGUCCUUACUAUUUUUGGCCGAGGAAGGAUGCUUGGGAAGAGCUCAAGUCCCUGUUGGAGAGUAAGCCAUGGAUAUCUCAGAAGAGGAUGAUUAUCCUUCUUAAUCAGGCUACUGACAUCAUCAAUUUGUGGCAGCAAAGCGGCGGCAAUUUAUCAUAACUUAUAUUUCGUGAAAAGGGAUAUUUAUUUCAGCACAUGUCUGUGUUUGUAGAUUAUUCUCAUGCAUUAUUGAAUUUUUGUGUUUAUGUAAACUAUAACACUGUAGUUGUUAGGGCUAUUUAUAUUUCCCUUUUUUUAAUGAAAUCAUUUUCUUAACACAAGUU